AUGCAAGAGCCCUUCUCCGUGCUCUUCUCCCUCGGCAACUUCUGGGCUCACCACGACGGUCUGCACAACCACAUCCUGAAGAAAAUCCCAGCCACCUACUCGAUGAGGCCGUACUACGUCUGGCUGGCGAGGAUAGGGAUGGCGAGCUGGUUUUUCAGCGCGGUGUUUCAUACUAGGGAUUUCAGGGUCACGGAAGAAUUGGAUUAUUUCGCUGCUGGGGCGAGUGUGCUUUAUGGGAUGUAUUAUACUGUUGUGAGGGUGUUUCGGUUGGAUAGGGUGAGCAAAAUGGGGGUGAGGAAAUCAUGGACGGGGACGUGUGUGGGACUGUAUUUGGCGCAUGUUGGGUAUUUGAAGGGGGUGGGGUGGGACUAUGGGUAUAAUAUGGGGGCUAAUGUUGCGGUGGGGGUGGUGCAGAAUGUGCUUUGGACGUGGUUUAGCGUAAGGAGGUAUAAUAGGGAGGGGAAGGGGUGGAUGGUUUGGCCGGGGUUGGUGAUGGUGAUUCCAAGUAGUACCGUUUCUGUCGAGCUUUUCCUUGCGACUGGAAUGACCCCAGGCCUU